UGCCCUGCCCCGCCUCCACCUUAGAGAACAUAAAGGCCAAGAUUCAGUGAGAGGAGUUACCAAUGUCAGAUCAACUGUGGAGUUGAGGUCCUUGGGGGCUGGUGACUACAGCUGGCAAGGGGGUGAAGAGAUGAAGCUGCUCCUGACUCUAGCAGGGCUCCUGGCCAUUCUGCCCAUGUCCCAAGCCUCUGACAAUGCCACUUCAGUCCUCCUGGGAGAGGUGGAGACCUCAGUGGUGCUGACCUGCAUGGAAGAGGCCAAGCGGCUUGUGGACAAAGCCUACAAGGAGCGGCGGGAAAGCAUCAAGCAGAGGCUUCGCAGUGGCUCUGCCAGUCCCAUGGAACUCUUAUCCUACUUCAAGCAGCCAGUAGCAGGCACCAGGACGGCUGUGAGGGCUGCAGACUACCUGCAUGUGGCUCUAGACCUGUUGAAGAGGAAGCUUCAGCCCCUGUGUCCAGGGCCUUUCAAUGUCACAGAUGUGCUGACACCUGCUCAACUGAAUCUGCUGUCCAAGUCAAGCGGCUGUGCUUACCAGGACGUGAGGGUGACAUGCCCUGAACAGGACACAUAUCGCACCAUCACCGGGCAGUGCAACAACAGACGCAGCCCGACGCUUGGGGCCUCCAACCGCGCCUUUGCACGCUGGCUGCCAGCGGAGUACGAGGACGGCUUUUCGCUGCCUUUCGGCUGGACUCCAGGGGUCAAGCGCGGUGGCUUCCCCGUGCCCCUGGCUCGCGCAGUCUCCAACGCCAUCGUGCGCUUCCCCACAGAGCAGCUGACCAGGGACCAGCAGCGGUCGCUCAUGUUCAUGCAGUGGGGCCAGUUUCUGGACCACGACCUUGACUUCACCCCAGAGCCUGCAGCACGGGCCUCCUUCAUUACUGGCCUCAACUGUGAGACCAGCUGCCUGCAGCAGCCACCCUGCUUCCCGCUCAAGAUUCCACCUAAUGACCCCCGCAUCAAGAACCAACGUGACUGCAUCCCUUUCUUCCGCUCCUGCCCGGCUUGUCCUGGGAGCAACAUCACCAUCCGCAACCAGAUCAAUGCGCUCACCUCCUUUGUGGACGCCAGCAUGGUGUACGGCAGCGAGGACCCCUUGGCCAUGAAGCUGCGCAACCUGACCAACCAGAUGGGGCUGCUGGCCGUCAACACCCGCUUCCAAGAUAAUGGCAGGGCCCUGCUGCCCUUCGACAACUUGCAUGAUGACCCCUGUCUCCUCACCAACCGCUCUGUGCAAAUCCCUUGCUUCCUGGCAGGGGACACCCGUUCCAGUGAGAUGCCUGAACUCACCUCCAUGCACACCCUCUUUGUUCGAGAGCAUAACCGGCUGGCCACACAGCUCAAGAGCCUCAAUCCCAGGUGGAAUGGAGAGAAGCUCUACCAGGAAGCCCGGAAAAUCGUGGGGGCCAUGGUCCAGAUCAUCACUUACCGAGAUUACCUGCCCCUGGUGCUGGGGCCAGCGGCCAUGAGGAAGUACCUACCCAGAUAUCGCUGCUACAACGACUCGGUGGACCCGCGCAUCUCCAACGUCUUCACCAAUGCCUUCCGCUAUGGCCACACCCUCAUCCAACCCUUCAUGUUCCGCCUGGACAGUCAGUACCGGCCCAUGGAGCCCAAUCCUCGAGUUCCACUCAGCAGGGUCUUUUUUGCCAGUUGGAGGGUGGUGCUGGAAGGUGGCAUUGACCCCAUCCUCCGGGGCCUCAUGGCCACCCCCGCCAAGCUGAAUCGCCAGAACCAAAUUGUGGUGGAUGAAAUUCGGGAACGACUGUUUGAGCAGGUCAUGAGGAUCGGGCUGGACCUGCCCGCUCUGAACAUGCAGCGCAGCAGGGACCACGGCCUCCCAGGGUACAAUGCCUGGAGGCGCUUCUGUGGGCUCCCACAGCCCAGCACAGUGGGUGAGCUGGGCACGGUGAUGAAGAACCUGGACCUGGCAAGGAAGCUGAUGGCACAGUAUGGCACGCCCAAUAACAUUGACAUCUGGAUGGGUGGCGUGGCUGAGCCCCUGGAGCCCAAUGGCCGUGUGGGCCAGCUCCUCGCCUGCCUCAUUGGCACCCAGUUCAGGAAGCUCCGCGAUGGAGAUCGGUUUUGGUGGGAGAACAAGAAUGUGUUCAGCACGAGGCAACGGCAGGCCCUGGCCAGGAUCUCCUUGCCCCGUAUCAUCUGCGACAACACAGGCAUCACCACCGUGUCCAGGAACAACAUCUUCAUGUCCAACUCAUUCCCCCGUGACUUUGUCAACUGCAGUUCUCUCCCUGCGUUGGACCUGACUUCCUGGAGGGAGGCCUAGAGCUGGAAUCGAUCAGAUGCUCAGGGUUACAGAGGAGAAUCUCCAGGGACCCUAGAAAGUAGCUACAAGUGCUCCAGGCUGGGCCAGACCCUUGGCCCACUUACCAGGCUGCCCAUGGUCCCGGCAGCGCUGGAUGUUGAUGGCAGCCAGGUCGAAGCCAUGGAUGGUGUGUGUCGGCUGGAAGAGCUUGUUGCGUACUUCUCCUGUCAUCAUUUUAUUCUGAUUCAUCAACUUGGCCUUCUUGGCCAGCAGGCCCCGAACCAGAGGAUCAAUUCCACCUGCAAAGGGAGACCCAGAGGUCAUCCUUAGGAUGGAAGAGGAAGAGGACGUCUCCCACAGCCAGCCCCUCCCUCCACCAGACAAAUUACCUGUCUAAAAUAGGGCCAACUAAACAUCCCUGGCUGGAAACAGUAAGAGAAGAAGACAACACAGGUGAGCUCAGGGAAAGGGGAGUCCAGAUUGCCCACUCCUGGGGUGGUAGGAAGGGCCAUUCAUGGGACGGUGGCAUGAAUAUAAAUAUCAAGACUGUUUUCAAGUUCUAGUUCAUCGGGUCAGCUCCUUCUCUUUCCAUAUAUUGCCCUGAAGAACACUGCAGCACGGGAAGAUGGGGGUGGGGGAGGGGGGUGCACAUCUUUAAUAAAUGGCCCUGGCUUGCUAGGCCCUUACUAAGCUAGUUUCAGCACAGAACAGACAGGGGUAAAGGACAGUUGCAUGUAACCUCUGGCACCUCAUGGGGUGGAAGGUUCUAGAAGAGAGCAGAGAAGAGCUAUUUGAGAAGACCAUGAACUCUGUCUUCAGAGGGCAGAGAAGCCCUAGGUCAUAGAGAAGAGGUAAGGAAAUCCCAGGCAGCUUACAAGUUAGAAGGAGGAAAGGAAUAACUGAUAACCUUUUGUGUGUUAGGAAUCAUUUUAGGGUUCUCUACACAUCUAUUUCCUUUAACUUUUUGGAUAUCCUCACGAGAUGGGUACUAUUAUUGUCCCUAUUUUACAAACAAAGAAAAUGAGGCUCAGUUAAGAUGAAUUCACUUGCCCAAGGCCCCACAGGAAGUGCUUGCAAUCUGACUUCCAGGCCAGGUGUCCCUAACAGCAAGCUGCAACGAGGGGGAGUCAGGAGAGGGAGGGCACUUUCCUGAUUGGACAUACCAUCUUUGACCAUCCUCCAGGUGUUGAAGAAGAGCGUGUGCAGGGGGAGUUCCGGUUCUGGACCCCAUGGCUGAUAAUUCUCAUCCAGGCGGGACACAGUAGGGGGGAUCUCCAAAUGACCAAAGCGGAACGCAAAUGUAAAGACGUUGGAAAUUCGGGGAUCUACAGAUUCAUUGUAGCCUUGGUAUGGGGGGAUCCACUUCUGCAUCUCAGCACCUAACACGAUGGGUAGGUAGUCCCUAAAGGUGAUAAUCUAGAGGGAGAGGCAAAUUAGGAAGAAAGAAUGUGAGAAGGCUUAAGUCUCUACAGAGGGAGGCUGAAGAGGAGCUGCCACCAAGGGGCAUGAGCAGUCAAGGGUGGCAAACAGCCUUUGUACCUUGUUUCAAUUCCUAUGACCGUGGCAGACAUUGUUAAUCAAACAUGACAUUCUUUCUGUGAUCUCACAUGAUUUGUUUCCAUAUAGGCAAAUCAGUCAUUUGAAUUUGGCAUUUGAUAUAUACUCUCUAUGCAUCUUUGCUCUAAGUUUAUGACCUUGGUGCGAAAGUGGCAGUGCCUAUAUGUCAUUUAAAUGUAACAAUGUCAUAUUAUUAAACUUUUCCUCACAGGCCAGCGUAAGAGGGAUGAUGAACCACAGAAAUGAGUCAGGGACCACCAAGGGAACUUCAUUCCAUCCCCAGUUUUGAAAGAAGUGCUGCACCAUAGAGAGGCUGAUUCCUGGUUUGGUUUUACUCAAAUACAAUGAAUUACUACAAAAAAAAAAAAAAAAAAAACAACUCAAUAUUUAUCCUUUCUUUCUUUGUUUAUAUGAUGCAUAUUUUGACACAGUUUUACUCCUAGAGAGCAUUUCCUCUUUGUCAAUUAACAUUUUCCACAUUUCGACCUAGCUUUCACAAUUAUUUUAAAUGUGUGCAAUAUUCUAAUGCAUUCAUUGAGAUUUACCCUCAGGUUGGCUUCCAGUCUGUCCAUGGCUUAGCCUGUGGGGAUAUCAUCCAUCCAGCAGGCACUCUGCUCCCCAGGCUGUAGAGGAUGCAGGAGACAGAGCCCUGCCUCUGGCCACAGUGACUGGCCCAUCUGUGGCUCCAGAACAAGCUGGUAUGAUUCUGUCUCAAGAAUUUAGGUUCUGGAUAUAGCUAUUUCAGAUGGUGCUUAAUUUGAGAGGACGGAUGAGAUCACAUGGGUGGUUAUUUUUUUUACCAUCUGCUGGAAAGCAGAGAAAACCCAUCUGCAUUGAGAGUGGAGAAGUAGAGAGAGGAGCAGGGAGGAGGGAGCUAGCAAGAGUAGUUGUCCUACUUCCAGAUGAUUUCCAUCGUCUGAUUCAACCCUGGAUGAGGCUCUAACCACUCUACUGACUAUGGGGGUCCCAGGAGAAACCUUUCUCAUCUUCCAUUUGACACUUGGAUGGGGUUGAACCUAACUGAACAUCUGAACUAGACUGAGUUGUUUUCUUGUAGGCCCAAAAGCCUUGUUAUGGAUGAACUUGUGUCCCCUGCUCAUCCAUAUGUCAAAGCUUCCAAUGUGUGCAUAUUUGAAGGUGGAGUCUUUAAGGAGGAAACUGAGGUCAUAAGGAUGGCACCCUAAUCCAGUAGGGCUGGUAUCCCUAUAAAGAGGGAGAGAGGGAGACAGAGAGGCAGAACAGGAAUGAGAAUGAACAGAGAAAAGACCAAGAGAGGACAUGGGGGAAAGAUGACUAUAAGCUAAGGAGAAAGAUCUGAGGAGAAACCAGACUUGCCAACACCUUGAUCUUGAACUUGGCCUCCAGAACUGUGAGAAAAUUCUGUUGUAUAAGCCAUCCUAAAAUAUUGACACUCUAGUGGCAACCCUAGCAAACUAAUACAAUAUUUAACUCAUGCAAUCUUUAGGCAGACAUUUUUUUUAUUCUCUUGGAUGAUUUCCUACAAACAUCUCCAGCAGCAUGA